CGGUGCAUCUCGCUUCUUCAGAGAUGCAUGAGCAGAUCGACCCUCACAGUGCGAUCGGGCUGCGCAGAGGAGCAGGUGUAUCGCGGGGACCGGCGAGCUCAGCGUGAUCCGUACAUGCCGACGGGAUUAACGCACAGUUCCGUACUGGUGAUUUAUCAGAAAACUAAGUCUUGGUCCGUAGUCGGUGGUGCACCCUCGAAGAGCCAUGAUUUGGACUGCUUUAAUACUGUGUUUCGUAACUUUGACUUUUGGGAAUAAAACAGACGUGCGGCUGCCUUUCUUCCACGGGCAUGUUUUUGAGAACUGUCCACCAGGAUCCAAGGUAAAUGGAAUUAGCAUCCCAUUCAGACGGAUAGAUGCGCAGAAAUGGUGUGUGGCGGCAGGUAGGCACGUAAAACUCCUGGGGCAAAGCAGCGACCACUUCCACGUCUUUGCUCAUCACAAGAGCGGACAUUUCUUGCUGAGAACCGCAGAAAUGCUGGACAGGGAAGAACAAUCCGAAUACAUCAUUGGGCUCGGUUUAUGCUGCCAAAGUUGCGAUGGCGCUCACCUUGUGGUAGCCGAAGUCGCGUCCCUGAAAAUCGACAUACUGGACACGAACGACCACCAGCCCACAUUCCCCUAUUCCGACGUGAAGAUAACUUUGGAUGAUGCCACAGCCCUCAGAUCUGUUGUGUUCAAGGCGGCAGCCCAUGACAUAGACAGUGGCAAAAAUGCGGAAUUGAUUUACUUCACACUUCCAAAAAAUAACAGUUUCUAUGCGGUGCCAAAAACCGGUGAUAUUAUUUUGGUGGAUUCCAUACUGGGAUUUGCCAGCCCGAUAAACUUCGAGGUGUUUGCCAGAGACCGCGGUUGGCCCUGCCGCACAAGUAAGAGUCUGAAGAUCGAGAUAAUUCCUGGGCUCUGGGCAGCGGUGCAGCCGUCCGGCACCGGCGCGUCCGCCCGCGGAAUCUCACGGAGGUCCCGCUCCCUCCUGGUGUCCGAUAGCUCCCUGGUUAUUAACGUGUCCGAAGAUGCCGGUAUUGGAUCAGUUGUAAUGAAUCUUAUGCCGGUGAAAUUUCAAACGGCUAGUUUUGAACUGAUGAACCCAAGUUCCGAGACCAGUCCGGUCAUGGUGAGUCGCGACAGCGGGGAUGUCGUUAUUGCCCGGCGACUGGACAGAGAGACGGAGCCGGUCAUAGACAUGAUUGUUAAAAUACAAGAUAAGCAAGGUCCAGACUGGUAUUUGGUGCAUGUUGAGGUAAUGGUCACAGACGUAAAUGACAAUGCACCCGAAUGGAGCAUGACGCCGACCCCUUACCUGGCUGUGGUUUCUCCGGACGCCCCUCCUGGCACGCUGGUCUACAAGCUGCACGCACGCGACGACGACGAGGGCAACAACGGGGAAGUGGAGUACUUCCUGUCUGAUGGGGGCGACGGCCGCUUUGAGGUAGACAGGAGGAGUGGCCAGGUGAGGACGACGGGCCUGCCGCUGCAGAAGGACAGGGAGUACCUGCUGACCGUGGUGGCAGCUGACAAGCUGGGCAUCCGUGGCUUGGCUGCCCUGCUGUCUGUGAUUGCGGGACCCAGAGCGCCACAGUUCACCAACUCCUCCUACUCUGUCUCCAUCGCUGAGAACACCGCCGAGGGCCAGCCGUUCAUCACGGUAUCGGCUACGUCCUUCCAGCAACAGAAGCUCAGCUACAGCCUUCUCAUCAACCCCAGCAGCCUCUUCUCCAUCAGACCGGACACGGGCGAAAUCAGCUUGACCCGCACCGUUGACUAUGAGAGUGACCAGCAUCGCUACCUGCUGCUGGUGCGAGCCAGCGAGAGUCAGGACAGCCUGAGCAGCGCCGCUGAGGUACAGGUGCUGAUACUGGAUGAGAAUGACUGCGUCCCAGAAUUCCUGCAAUCCAUUUACAGCAAAGACAGCGUUCCGGAGACGGUAACUACGGCAACCUCGCUGCUUCAAGUGUCGGCCAGUGACUGUGACUCUGACCUGAAUGCGAAGCUGACCUACCACAGCUUGAGCCCCGACUUCACAGUCUCUGCCCACGGCACCAUCUUCCCAGCCCGCCCCCUGGACUACGAGCGGCCCAACCACCUCUAUGAGUUCAUCGUGAUGGCCGUGGACAAGGGGGAGGUGGCGCGCACGGGGACGGCCACUGUCCGCAUCCGCAUGUCCAACAUCAAUGAUGAAGCGCCCGAGUUCUCUCAGCCCAUCUAUAGGACCUUCGUCUCUGAAGAUGCUGGACCCAACACGUUAGUCGCCACUGUGCUGGCCAAGGACCCAGAUGGUGAUGGGAUCACAUACAAAAUCACAGCAGGCAAUGAAGAGGGCAAUUUUGUCAUUGACAGCCAGAAAGGGCUGAUCCGUCUUCGCUCCAGCCCACCCCCAAAACUCCGGGGUGUGGAGUACAUCCUCAAUGUCACUGCGACGGAUGACAACGCCUCCGGCGGGCCACACCCUCUCUACACCACUACACAGGUCAUUGUGGGUGUAGAUGAUGUCAACAACAACAAGCCCGUAUUUGAAAAGUGCCUGCAGUACAAGGAGCGGACGUCUGUACUGGAGAACCAGCCAGUGGGAACCUUUGUCUUGCAGGUUCACGCAGUGGACGCAGAUGAAGGCACAAAUGGGAAGGUUACGUAUGGGUUUAUGCACAAGGAUAGCACUGUUCCUGCGUUCAGCAUCCACCCAGAGACAGGUGUGAUUGUGACAGCCAGGGAGUUUGACCGCGAGCGGCAGAGAGAGUACGCUGUCACGGUGACAGCCACUGAUAAGGCAGCCGAGCCUCUCAUCGGGAUUUGCCAGCUCAACAUUCUAAUCCUGGAUGAGAACGACAACAGUCCCAAGUUCGAGAACCUGCGCUAUGAGUACUUCCUGCGUGAAGACACCAUGAUAGGAACCAGCUUCCUCCGUGUGGCAGCGCAUGACGAUGACUAUGGCACCAAUGCUGCCAUCACCUAUUCAAUGUCCGCCGAGCAACCGGAGUACCUGCAGGUGAACCCAGUCACAGGAUGGGUGUACGUCAACCAGCCCAUAUCGCAGAGGACCUACAUUACUCGUCAGAUCAUUGCAAAAGAUGGGGGGAACCGCAGCAGCAUGGUGGAGCUAGCUGUUACCAUCACCAACGUGAAGAACCAGCCUCCCCAGUGGGAAGAAAACAGCUACAAUGUAGUCAUCCCAGAGAAUACCAUGAGGGACACAACUGUUGUGACCAUCAAAGCUGUGUCAGCCUUGGGUGAUCCCAGGGUGACCUAUAACUUGGAGGACGGCAUGGUACCAGAGACCAACAUGCCAGUGCGCUUUUACCUGACUCCCAACCGUGAGGAUGGAUCGGCCUCCAUUCUGGUGGCUGAGCCUUUGGACUACGAGACCACGCGUCACUUUACCCUGAGGGUCCGUGCCCAGAACGUGGCCCCUGUCCCCCUGGCAGCUUUCUGCACAGUCUAUAUCAAUAUCACUGAUGUCAACGACAACGUACCUUUCUUCACCUCCUCCAUCUAUGAAGCAACAGUGACGGAGGGGGCCGAAGUUGGGACGUUUGUUCUCCAGGUGUCUGCUAAUGACCUAGACCUUGGUCUCAAUGGGAAGAUCUCCUAUUCGCUGCUGAGUGACCGGAGUGGGGACCACCGACUCUUCCACAUUGACCCAGAGUUGGGAGCCGUCUACACUGAGGCCGUGUUUGACCGGGAGAUGAAGGGGUCAUAUCUGCUGGAGGUGAAGUCAGAGGAUGGGUGGGAGUCAGCCCGCCCAGGAAGACACGGGCAGCCCAACUCUGAUACAGCAUAUGUGCGCAUUUUCAUCAGUGAUGUGAAUGACAACAAGCCCGUCUUUGCUCAGAAUGUCUAUGAAGUGGAUGUGGACGAGGACGCGGACGUGGGCUUUGCUGUUGUCACGGUUAGCGCCAAUGAUGAGGAUGAAGGAGCCAAUGCCAAGCUACGGUAUCAGAUCACUUCAGGCAACACAGGGGGAAUCUUUGACAUGGAGCCUGAGGUGGGGACCAUCUUCAUCACCCAGCCACUUGACUAUGAACGUGUGAAGAAGUACAAGCUGCUGCUCCUCGCCUCGGACGGGAAAUGGGAGGAUUACGCCACCGUCAAUGUCAACGUCAUCAACAAGAACGAUGAGGCGCCGGUCUUCUCUGUGAAUGAGUACUACGGCAGUGUGACAGAAGAACUCGAUGGUUCUCCCGUCUUCGUGCUUCAGGUAACUGCAACUGACCCAGACAAAGACGCUGCCCAAGAAGCCCUCAGGUACUCACUGCAUGGUCAGGGCGCAGAGAAUGAAUUUAUCAUUGAUGGGGUGACAGGCAAAAUCUAUGCCCAGAAGACUCUGAAUCGGGAGGAGCGGGCCGUCUGGCGUUUCGUGGUGCUGGCUACAGAUGAAGGCGGUGAGGGUCUGACCGGCUUCACGGACGUCAUUAUUAAUGUGUGGGACAUCAAUGAUAAUGCGCCCAUCUUCACCUGCAUGCCGGAGAGCUGCCAUGGCCAUGUACCAGAAAACUCCCCUCCUGGAUCCUCCAUCAUGGACAUGGCUGCCACUGACAUGGACGACAGCACCGUGGGACAGAACGCCAUACUGACCUACAAGAUCGUGGGAAACGUGCGAAACAGCGCAAACAUAAACUUGUUUGACAUCAACUCAAACACUGGCGCUCUCUUUGUGGCACAGGGCAGCCUCGAUCGAGAGAAGGUCGAUAAGUACCUGCUGGUGGUGGAGGCUAAAGACGGGGGAGGGAUGGUGGGCACAGCCACUGCUACCAUAUGGGUGACCGAUGUCAAUGACCACGCCCCCAGGUUCCUCGAGAGCUCCUGUGCUGCCCGGGUCUCUGAAAAUAGUGAGGUAAAUUCGGCAGUCCUGGAGGUGCUGGCCAUAGAUGAAGACACAGGGGAGAAUGCCCAACUAACGUUUAGCAUUGUGGGUGGGGAUCCGGAACAAAAGUUCUACAUUGUUAGUCACCGGCAGGAGCAACGUGGGACACUAAGGCUAAAGAAAAAGUUGGACUAUGAAAAGUCAAACGAGCAGAGGUUCAACCUUACCCUCAAGGUGGAGGACUUGGACUUCUACAGCCAAAUCCAUUGCAUUGUGGAUGUUGAUGAUCAUAAUGACCAUGCCCCUGUUUUUGUCCCCCAUUUCUAUUUGCUGGAACCAUUACCUGAAGAUGUGCCUGUUGGCACCAGCAUUGUCAAGGUCACGGCCACCGACUCAGACUCUGGUCCAAACCAGGAGAUAAUCUAUAGCAUUCUGCCAGAUUCUGAUCCGUAUGAUCAGUUUUCAAUAGACCAGACUGGAACUGUCACUGUUGUCCGCCUACUGGACAGAGAAACUGUGGAGCAACAUUUCUUAAUCAUCUUAGGAAUAGACCAAGGAAAUCCACCGCAGACAGGCAGUGCAACAGUUCAGGUGGAUCUGCUAGAUGUCAACGAUAAUGGCCCAGAGUUUGAAGUAGAGUACAUGCCAGUGGUGUGGGAGAAUACACACGCUCCCCAGGUUGUGCAGAUGAAUCAGACGUCAAUGCUGCUAUAUGUGAUAGAUAGAGACUCCUUUGAAAAUGGCCCUCCAUUCUCCUUUUCGCUUCCCCUGGAGUACCGAGACAUCGGGGACUUCUUCCUACAAGACAAUGGCAACAAUACAGCCACAAUCACAGCACUUCAUAUGUUUGACCGUGAGAAGCAGAAGGAGUUCUAUCUGCCCAUCAUAAUGAAGGACAGUGGCCGACCUUGUAAAACCGUUACCAGCACGCUCACCAUCGCAAUCGGAGACAAAAAUGAUCAUCCGCACCUGCCUGGGGAGAAGGAGAUCUACACCCAUAGUAACAGAGGAAAGAUGCCAACCACAGUUUUGGGCAAAGUUUAUACCCUGGACCCGGAUGAUUGGGAUAACAAGACAUAUGCCUUUGAGGGACUCGUCCCCCGUUUUUUCAUGCUGAACAAGAGGACGGGGUUUCUUAUGAUGAAGGAGAGCGCCCCCACUGGCAGCUACCAAUUCAGGGUGCAUGUGUCAGACGGCGUUUGGCCAGACGUCAUGUCCACUGUGCAUGUGCACGUGAAGGACCUGUCGGAUGAGGCCAUCCACAAUUCCGCCUCGCUGCGCUUAGCAGAUAUCACAGCAAAAGAAUUUAUCGAACGCCCGGUGAACAUGAGGAGCCGAUACGAGUUGUUUCGGGACUUUCUGUCUGAAAUGCUACCCGCCAGUCCGGACAAGAUAGACAUCUUCAGCCUGAUGGACGUGCCGGGGCAUUCACUGGAUAUCCACUUUUCUGUGAUCGGCGCCCCCUAUGUGAAGCCAGAGAGGUUGCACGGGUAUCUUUCUGCUCACAAGCAGAAGCUGCAGUCCUUCCUCCAGGUUAACGUCACACGCGUGCAUGUGGACCCGUGCGCGGAUGCAGCCUGCGAACAGAGUGGCGGCUGCUCCAGUCGCCUGGAAGUGGGCGACGCCCCCACUGUAGUGGAUUCCGGGCGUGUGGCGCUGGUUUCACUGACUGUGGUGGCCGCCAUGACAUGUGGCUGCGCCGGACGCGAGGAGACGCAUAAGACGUGCAGCUCUUACCAGCAGAACCCCUGUUACAAUGGAGGCGUGUGCGUUGACAGCCAGAGUGGCUACAGGUGCCGGUGCCCUUCGCAGUUUGAGGGCCCUGAGUGCCAGCAGACCAGGCGCAGUUUCCAUGGCGACGGGUAUGCUUGGUUUCCUCCCAUAAUGCCGUGCUUUGAGAGCCACGUCUCCCUGGAUUUCAUCACUGAGGUUGCAGAUGGCCUGCUACUCUACAGCGGGCCAGUGGCCCAGUUACAGCCAUGGGAACCGGAGGACUUCGUGGCAAUAGAGAUCGUUGAUGGAGUUCCCACUCUGAAGAUUAACCACGGCUCUGGCACGCUGGUGUUGCGGUUGCCUGGCAACGUCAACACAGCAGACAGACGGUGGCACCGGUUGGAUAUGAGGAGUAAUGGCAAAGAGAUACGCUUCACUCUGGACCGAUGCUCCUCUGCUGUUGUCAUGGAAAUGGAGGGUAUUGGGAGCUGGAUCACCACCAGGGAACAUUCUUGUGAAGUUACUGGAGUUACACCCAACCGAGACAGAUACCUGAAUAUGACCCAGGUUUUGCAGCUGGGAGGCAUCAAUGAAAACCUGCCAUACGUCUACCCUCAGUUACAGCACAAACACUUCUCCGGCUGCAUCCGGAAUCUUGUUGUGGACAGCAAGUUCUAUGAUCUAGGCUCUCCUGCAGACUCCCUCAACAGCUCCCCCGGCUGUCAGGUGACGGAUGGGCACUGUGUGAACAGGGGCGGCCCCUCCUGUGGACCCCGAGGGAGGUGUCUAGGAGAUUGGGGCUCCUUCACCUGCCAGUGUCCACCUGGCUACUAUGGGCACCAGUGCCAGCGGGAGGUUCCAGAAUAUUCCUUUGAUGGCCGGAGUCAUGCCCACUUGCGUACGACGUCCCUGUUCCCGGCUCGUCAAACUCACGUACAAAUUCUACUGCGAACCAGGGCUCACGGCGGCAUCAUAGUCAGCCUGGUGUCUGAGGAAAGGACUGAAUACCUAAGACUGGAGGUCUUCCAGGGUUCCUUGGCCGUCUUCUACAACCUUGGAGAUGGGGACUACAGCCUGGUGUUGCCUGCCUGCCGCUUGGACAAUGGGGAGUGGCAUGAGGUCCAGCUGGAGCGCUACGACAACGAGCUGACCCUGAGGCUAAAUGGGGGAGGAGGGAGAAGAGAGGUCACAGCCUCUCCUGGGAGGAGCCGGGAGAUCGUCAUCGAUCCUGCUGCAGUGAUGAUUGGAAGCUCCUUUCUCAUCACCAACCGAAGCUUCCAAGGAUGUAUGCGAGACCUAAGGCUGAACCAUCAAUACAUAUCUCUGGAUGGUCAGAACAAGGAGGUGGCUUCUCUGCUCAGCUCUGAGGGGGUGUCCGUGGGCUGCUUUUCUGACUCCUGCCGGAGUAACCAGUGCAACCCCCCCUUUACCUGUGUUGAUCUCUGGAGGGUUCAUGAAUGUAGGUGCCCCCCGAGUCACAUGGUGAAGGAGAAUGCCACAGGGAAGUUCUGCGUGUACACCCUGUGUGCCAGCCAGCCGUGCCACCGCGGUACCUGUGUGGUACAGUCGCCCCUGCGCUUCACCUGCCGCUGUCCUGAGGGCUACCGGGGCCAGCACUGUGAGGUCACGCUGGCCGCCUACCGCGAUGACUUGGGCCUCAGCUUCAGCUCCAUGUUUGCCAUCUGCAUUUGCUUCAUGGCACUCCUGGUGCUUUUGCUUGGAGUUUUCCUGUGGACACGCUGGAAGAUCUACAAAGGAAUGAAGGAUGGUGUGUACCAGGUAUCUGCUCACCACGAUGGCUGGGAGGACAUCCGUGAAAAUGUGCUCAACUACGAUGAAGAGGGUGGAGGGGAGGAGGAUCAGAAUGCCUAUGACAUGGUAGAACUACAGAAAUCCCUGCAGCCUAGCCCCGCCCAGUCUGUCCAGUAUAGCCAAUCACGAGUGGCCCAUUUCCACCCUGCUACAGAACAGGACACGACCCUCACUGUAGGCUGUGCCACUACUUUACGCCUGGAUGUCCCACCCAUCCGGACUCAGGAGCAGGUCCAAAGUCGACCUUUGAUCCUAGCCCGCAAAGGCCUCUCCUUCUCCAGCCAGGACUUGGCACGGUACCUGUGUGAUGUCAUCAGGGACGCAGACCAGCAUAUUGACAUGGCACCCUUUGACUCGCUGAGGGUGUUCUCCACAGAGGGUGGGGGCUCUCCUGCUGGCUCCCUCAGCUCAUUCAGCUCAGCCGGCCUUGAGGAGGACAGGGGCCAACAAAGUCUGAAAGACUGGGGGCCCCGUUUCGAGAAACUCAGAGCACUAUAUGAAAGGUCCGAGUCCAGUGACCUUUAAAGGUGCACUCUAUCUUCUGCGGCAAGACACAAAAAACUUGGAGAGGAUGUUACAGGAAGGAGGAAGAUGUUGCAAAAAAGUAAAGGACAUAAAAGGAAAAUAUGCUAUACCUGAAGGAAAAGGACGUACUCCUUUGAAAUGGAAAAAGGGCGUUAUUUAUACUGAGUUCAGAUGGUGAACAAUGAACGUGGAAUUUAAGAAGCUGAGCACAGGGUUCUGUCAUGACAGACGGAUCAGCAUGUUUUGGCUGCGAUAUGUUUUAUUUGACAAUCCAGGGAGGGUUUGCCCCCUUAACUCCUGGUUUGUGACCCCUUGUGUGUUUUUCUUGUCCUCUUGCAGAGACUGGAGGUGCUGGUCGCGUUUUGUUUUUUCAAAGAUGACCAUUUCCUUUUUAAAAUUAUUUCUUAAAUAUUGAACAUCCACUGUGGAGUUUGUGAAACAUGCUGAAGAGGAGGUGAAUCUUGGACAACAAUGUGCAGUACAGCAUCAUUUUGAAGUGACUGUGUCAGCCCAGUGUUUGAGAUCAUAAGGAUCAGUGAAUGAAACGAUUUUUAUACUGGGACAUCACUGGUAACCAGGUGAAUGGACUACAGUGUAGGGACACAUGGACACAUAUAUGAAGAUGGUUUGUGUUUAAUAAAAAGGCACAGGAGUCAUUCCUUAAAAAAUGGAAUUCAUAGACUUAUUUUUUUAUAUUAACUGUGAAUGGGUCUGUUGAAUUUUGAUAUAUAGUUUUUAUCUUUGUUUUUAAAACUCACUAUUUUCAAAGGAAACCGAUAUUCCUGUUUUGAACACCAUUGCAUAGUCUGUGUGUAAUGUGCUUGUGAAGGUAUUUAUAUAUCAGACAUUUGCACAGUAAGGCAUUGUUGCAAAAAAUUGUUUAUUGCCCAGAAACAUUGAACUGAGCUGCAUUUCUUGUAAGGCUCAAUGAACUAUCAUUGUUUGGUGAAUAGCAAAGUGCUGAGAAGCUGUAUUUAAUAUGCAGGAUAGUAUUUUGAUCAUUUUUAUAUAUUGCAGAAAUGUUGGGCUAUGUUGAUAAAGACUGUGCUGAAAGGAA